UUGGCAGGAAGGGGAGGCCUCUCUCCUGGCAGGAAGCUGCGCUACGGGAAGAGGGAGGAGACUGCGGCGGCGGCGGCUGUGCCUGGUGGGAGCCAGAUGUGGCAGUGCUGCUGCCGCCAACAGUGAGACUGAGAACCCAUGAGCCGAGUGCUGGGGACACCGCCUCCAUCUCCGCCUUCCUCACAGCGCUCCAAGAUACCUUCUUGCCUACGGAUCCUCCCCUCUCAGCUCCUGCAAGCACUCACCUCAUCGUCUGCUGAUCCUCUUUCGCCGCAGGUUCACAGCGGAGGCAGCGCGGCAAGGUGUCCCAUUUGGGCACGUGAGGCCCGUGAUCCCCGGACGUGGGGAGGUGGGCACUGGACUAGAAAACCGGAGGAUUGGGGUUGCCCCUUUCCUCCUCCUGCAGGCAUGAAGACCCUUCACAAAAAGGCAGCUGCAGAUCAGCAAACCAGGGAAACUGAUGAUCACCACAUUGGAUCUGCAAAUAUGAGGAAGAAAAAGACCUGUCAAAAGAAGCAGAGGGGCAGACCUUCAUCCCAGCUCCGAAGGAACAUAGUGGGCUGCAGAAUUUCACAUGGAUGGAAAGAAGGCAAUGAGCCCAUCACGCAGUGGAAAGGAACCGUUCUGGAUCAGGUGCCUAUCAAUCCCUCUCUUUACCUGGUCAAAUAUGAUGGAAUUGACUGUGUCUAUGGACUGGAACUUCACAGAGAUGAAAGGAUUUUAAAGCUUAAAAUCCUUCCUGAUAAGGUGCCAUGUUCUCGAGUCACAGAUGUGUGCCUUGCAAAUACCAUAAUUGGGAAAGCUGUGGAACAUAUGUUUGAGGGUGAGCAUGGUUCCAAAGAUGAAUGGAGGGGAAUGGUCUUAGCCCAAGCACCUAUCAUGAAAGCCUGGUUUUAUAUUACCUAUGAGAAGGAUCCUGUCUUAUACAUGUACCAGCUUCUAGAUGAUUACAGAGAAGGAGACCUCCGUAUCAUGCCAGAGUCCAGUGAGUCUCCUCCAACAGAGAGGGAGCCAGAAGGAGUUAUAGAUGGCCUCAUAGGUAAACAUGUGGAAUAUACCAAAGAAGAUGGCUCCAAAAGGACAGGCAAGGUCAUUCACCAAGUGGAAGCCAAACCCUCUGUGUAUUUCAUCAAGUUUGAUGAUGAUUUCCAUAUCUAUGUCUAUGAUUUGGUGAAAAAGUCCUAACUGUUAGGGUAAACUUUGCCACAUUUGUGAGAACAAAUGUAUACUUUGUAGAUGUGCAAAAUAAUGUUGCUUUUCAGUGUAUUGAAAGCUUAAGGGUCCCUGUUAAUUCAACAUCUUUGCCAGCAUAACUGUUGUUUUGUUUUGAAAAAUACAAAUUUAUGUGGACAUGA